UUGUAAAUUAAAUGUCUUCUUUUGCGGAGAACUAGUUCUCCAUGAUCAGAUGAUUUGCUACUUUAAUUAAUUAGAGGAGCAAUUAGCUAAAACAAAUACAAUUCAUGCUCGAAGCUCUCUGCUCUCUGUUUCCUAAAUUUGGAAAUGUAUUAAAUUAUAUAUAAAUGCACAUAGAGAGAGGCACAGCAACAGAGAACAAAGGCUGAACUGAAAGGUGAUUAACAAAAAUGGAGGUGACCAACAAAUACAUAGUGAUAAAGCAUCACAUUGAAGAUGCGCCAAAAGAGUCACAUUUUGAGCUCAAAACUGAGGUUUUUUCUCUCACAGUUGAACCAGGAUCUGAUGAUAUCAUCAUCAAGAAUCUGUAUAUCUCAAUAGAUCCUUACAUGAUCAAUCGCAUGAAGAGCUAUAGCGGUUCCCAUAGUGCUAUAAGCUUCUUCACGCCCAUAACUCCUGGCAAGGCUAUUGAUGGUGUUGCUACUGGAAAAGUUGUGGCAUCUGGGAAUCCCAAGUUUGAGAAAGAUGAUUUGGUUAUGGGAGUCUUCAAUUGGGCAGAGUACAGUUUGGUUAAGGAAGGAAGCAUCAUAAACAAAUUAAAUUCCUCUGAAUUUCCACUCACUUAUCAUCUAGGAGUUCUGGGCUUUAGUGGAUUGUCAGCAUAUGGGGGAUUUUUCGAACUGGGAAGACCCAAAAGUGGUGAAAAGGUAUUUGUUUCAGCAGCCUCUGGAUCUGUUGGAAAUUUGGUGGGGCAAUAUGCAAAACUCUUAGGUUGCUAUGUUGUUGGAUGUGCUGGGAGCCAGAAAAAGGUGUCAUUGCUCAAAGAAAAGCUAGGAUUUGAUGAUGCUUUCAAUUACAAGGAAGUAGCAGAUUUAAACUCCACUCUUAGAAGGUACUUUCCUGAUGGAAUCGACAUAUAUUUCGACAACGUUGGAGGUGAGAUGCUAGAAGCAGCGAUUUGUAAUAUGAAAGCAUUUGGUAGAGUGGUUGUUUGUGGGGUAAUCUCUCAUUAUACAGAUAUUGGAAAAAGAGCUUCACCAAGCAUGAUUGACAUUGUUUACAAUAGAAUCACUAUCAAAGGAUUUUUAGCUAGUGACUUCAUGAAUGAUUUUGCCAACUUUUUAGCAAAAACAUCAAAUUACCUUCGUUCUGAAAAGUUACAUGUGAUUGAAGACAUAUCAACUGGUGUGGAGAGCGUCCCCUCUGCUUUUAUUGGACUCUUUAACGGAGAUAACAUUGGAAAGAAAAUUGUAUGUUUAGCAAAAGAGUGAUCCUGGGAUUAGUGAAAAAAUGAGUGAGAAAGACUACAAUAUUAAUCAUUUCACCUCUAUGAAUGUAGUAUGUAAUGAAUUUUAUCUUUUUUUUUUAAC